GGCAGGAGGGAGGAGGCGAAAGCGGGUUCGCCUCAUCCUGCAGCAACCAAGAGCUGCCAGGGACGCACACAUGAGAUCUAUCACUCAAGCCGCAAGAGUAGCCAGCCGGCUGCAGCCCUCACUCUCCCUCCCAUCUGAUGCUCCCGCAGCAGUAACGUCACUUAUCUGGGCCAGAUGCAGCCAACGUUGUCAGCAUUCGACCUCAAGAUCUCACUCCAGCAGCAGCAGCGGCACAAUCAGUCCGGUGGUGACCUCUGCAACAAGGCCGCUCUUUCCAUGGUCGUCAAUGAGUCAUGGUGGCGCUGAGCAAACACCACGAGCAAGGCGGGCGGAGGGGCUGUCGUUUGCCCUGUUUGCUGCGGUGGGCAUUGGUGGGGCGUGGCUGGCUGGUUGGGGCGUCAAGAGGCGGCGGAUGGCGCAUUGUGAGGAGCGGGAUGCCUCCGAGCUGCCGGACGAGGAGCCGGCCACCGUGGGAGGCGAAGAGAUGAGGUCCGUUAAGGAAUGCCUCUGUGUCUGGCUGGCAUGCACCUCUGCAAGCGUCGUAUCGUGUGUCGUUGCUCCUUUGUUUUGUGAUUCUGUGUGUGCAGUAGCGACUAUUACGACGAGGUGGCCGAGUUCAGCGAGAUGAAGAUCUUCGCCGGCAGCAGCAGCCCUGAGCUGGCCAGGGAAAUAUGCGCACACCUGGGCAUCUCGGUAACACACACACAGCCCACACACACUGACGGAAUCCUUGAUGGAUGUGUGGCGUGCAUUUCUCUCAUCAGUUGGGUCGUGCCUUCUGCGGCAAGUUCGCUGACGGAGAAGUAAGGCGAUCAGAUGGCUUCAUCCUCCUUGCUGCCCGCUUCAUGUGUGUGCUUGCGUGUGCUGUCCGCAACCACUCCCUAUUGUCCAGAUCGCGGUGCAGGUGCUCGACGAGGUGCGUGGGGGUGACGUGUACGUCCUCCAGAGUGCCCCCCACAGCGAGAAGGACACUGACUCGGCCUUCAUGGAACUGCUGCUCAUGACGUCGGCACUGCGAAGGUCGUCGGCCAAACGCAUCACCGCUGUCAUCCCAUACCUCAGGUGUGCAGAUCGGCAAACAAUCACACACACACAUACACGAACCAGUUCCUUGCUCUAUCUUGCUCCUCUCUCUGUAUAUACCCACCGCUGCACUGCAUGCCAUGCAGCUAUGCGCGUCAGACGCAAGUGUUUGAGGCCCAUCGCCCACGGCCGAUAGCUGCCGCUGAUGUGGCACUCAUGGUCGGUCAGCCAGCACACAACGACGUUCACUAGUGAACGUCCCAGUGUGUUUUCUUUGCUGUCUGGUGCGUGGCGUGAUGCAUGAGUGCAGCUGUCGACGUUGGGCGUGGACCGCGUCAUCUUGGUGGACGUUCACAACCCCAGAAUGGAGGUGCGUGGGGAUGGGCCACACGUAUGUUCAUGCUUUUCUCCCAGUCUCUCCUGCCUGCCUGUCUGUCUGUCUGUCUGUAUGGCAUGUGUGUCGCUAGGGUUUCUUCCCCACUGAGGUCCCCGUGCAUAACAUCGACGCACAGGCGCUGGCCGUCCAAUACUUCAAGAAGAAAGUGAGUGAGAACCACCACGGAAAGAGAGAGAUAAGAUCCACCAGCACUCGACCACCCCGCCUUUGUGUUCAUCUCCUCCCAUCAGCAUCUGGAGAAGGUGGUUGUGGUAGCGACCGACAAUAUGGGCGGCGAGCGGACAAAAGCCUUCUGGAACAGGCUGACGCGGGUGGGCAUCGACGCGGGUCUGGCGUCCAUGGUGUCCAACCGGCCGGAGCGGAGCCGCAGGGAGGGCUCGCCGCUCGUCCUGACGCCGCCUGGGUCCCUCGCCGACCACACCAUCAUCACCCAAGCUGGGGAGAAAAAGUGAGUGCAUCGGACAGACACCGAGACAGAUAAUGGUAUGGUGUGGAAAUGUGUGUCUGUGUGUGUCUGUGGUUCGGACAGGAAUGUUGCGAGUCUGGGUCGGCAUGAUUGGCUUGUGGGUGACGUCAAGGGGUGCGACUGCAUCAUUGUGGACGACAUCAUCGACACGGUGAGCCAGCGGGACACACUCACGCACAGCAGAGAGGCAGGCACACAGGAGAUCGAUGAUGACCAUCUGUCUGUGGUGUGUGUGGGUAUGUGCACACAAUGCAGGGAAGUCGGGCCUUCAAGACAGCCAAUUUCCUCAAGAAAGCCGGUAGCCAACAAGACACACAUGCAUUGAACCGAUCCACCUUUGAUCGAUCUGUCUGUCUCUGUGUGUGUUUAGGUGCCCGUCGUAUUUUCAUGUACGCGACCCACGGUGUGUUUUCCAAGGGCGCGAUAGACCGCAUCAACAAGUCCCCCAUCGAUGAGCUCAUCGUCACCAACUCCAUCCCAUUGCCUAACGUACACACACACACACACACGCGCACACACGCCAGACAAAGCAGCGGUGUCAUGUGCUGCGUGUGUGUGUGUCUGUGUGUGUGUGUUCAGUACAUUUUUUCCGAGAAGCUGCGGGUGCUGUCGAUCGGCAAACUGCUCGCCGAGGUCAGCCAGGGGUGAGAGGGGGAGAGCAGAGCUGCCUGAUUAUGUAUGUGGCCACUGUGCUGUGUCUGUGUGUGUCUGUGUGGUGUGUGCAGACCAUUCGCCGCGUGCACACAAACUCGUCCGUGUCGGUGCUUUUCCAGGUGAGUGGCCACCCAUCACACAGACGUGGGCUUGUGCAGGAAUUGCGUGUUGCAUGUGUGUGGGUCUUCAGGACGCGUUCAUUGCAAAACAGCAUAUGGCCUAGGCAGAGGGAGGCGCUCUGGUCUGUCUUUCUCUUUGCGGCGUGAGACGGACGGGCCAGGCCGCCUUCGGAUUGCAUGUCACCAUUGCCAAAGAUGGUGGAACACACUCGGAGAGCGGCUUGGGUCGCCGGUCUCCGGUCGCAGAGAGAGGAAGACAAGCCAGAGAUGGGUCUCUCUUGCGUUGUUGUUCACUUGGUGCUUGGUCCCGUUGGUUGGUGUAAGAGAGAGGCAGAGAGAGAUGAUCGGCCGGACGUUUAUUUGUCUUUCUUUCUCUUUGUGUUGGGCAAGUGAUGGCAAUGGGUUGAGAACUGUGUGUCAUUGUGCUCGUGUCAGGGAGGCCGCUGACGGACCAUGGCCGAUUGCACGUCUCGAUUGGCAGAAGUCGUGACGCGCAGUAGGUUCUGGGCCGGAUGCGCGCGCCUUGUCAUAGGCAAGAAUGACAGACUGACUUUGGGUGGGGGGUGUGGGUGCGUACGUUCUCCAUCGAUCAUAGAGAUGCUGCGCGGUGUGUAUAGUCGUCACUGCGUGCGUGUUGUGACACUCAUGGUUGCGAGACGAUGACCGACAGAGACAAGGGUCACACACAUAAAUCCUUAUUCCGAGUCGAACCUUCCUCUCGGCACACCGACAAGCCUCACACACUUGGCAGUGAGUGACCUCUGACGACAGGUCGUGAUGCAUCGGAUGUGUCGACGACUAAUUAAUGGCAUGUGGUGGGUUUGUUUGUGACCUGUGUGUGAAGCGUUCGUUCAUCAUGUGUGUGACCGGUGGC